CGCCAACCAAAUGGCCACAGUGACAGCGGAAGACAUUCGGACGGUAGCAGAGCGCGUCCGAGCGGCAGCAGAGAUCGUUGCUCCAUAUGAGCGUAGGGAGCCAUAUGAUUUCGAAGUCUUUGAGCCACUCAUGAAAAUGGUCCCGAAAGAACGAGUUCCUUGCGAUCCGCCUCCUCGGCGCCCACACGAAACUGACAGGGAGUAUCAUUUGGCCUGGAGGAGUCAUUAUAACAUUUGGCUUCUUCAAAAGAUUGACGACUACUUCAAGGUGAAGGGAGGAAGACUACUAUCUCCAAGCAGCGAUAUUGAUGAUGAUGAUGAUGUCCGAGCCCAAACAGCCUUGCGCAACCAAGAAAAAGUCUUACGAGGCAUGGACAUUGUGGAUUGGGAAUUUCUGAGAAGGCCCAUGGUACACGAGGAGCAUGAGAAGUUCGAGAUUCCCCCCGAGUUUUGGGAAAGACAGCGUAGGGAAACCCGCGACAAGGAGUUCCCGAAUGAUUCAUCAGCGAAUGUCGAUGUGCGUCGAAGCAGAAACAAUAAUAUGGCUCUGUCAUCCUUCAGUGGUAGUCCUCAAGGCCCUAGACGACACUCGAGCAAUAUUCAAAGAAGCAUUGAGAAUAGCGAAGAGCCGGCAGCUGAGCAGCUAGAAAUAGAUGGCUCGGCCAUACGUCCCUCGAUCGAGCAACCCCAUGAGAGACCACAAAGCGGAAAGGAGAUGGAAUCUUCAAGAAUCUCGUCAUUACCAAAUCCUGAACCGACCCGGAAACGGAAACAAACAAGCCUGCCAGUUGAGGAUGGCACCGUUGAAACAUCAACUAAGAGACAGAGGACGGACAAGCGCCCACAGCUAUCGACAUCCCCAGAUACAGCGGGCCACAAGAGGAAGCGAGACGGUGAAGAACCUCUAGACGAGCCAUCAUCCACCGGCAUAUCAAAACAGCCAAGCGACAAAAAGAGGAGACUUGAUGCACAAUGGAAGAUACAGCCGCCACAAAAGAGAAAGAGGGGUUCCCAAGCAAAUGGCGAAGAAUCACAGGGCUCUCGGCUGGGCGAUGAAGUGCCGGGAUCGAAGCGGAGGAGAUGGAACACGGUGGAGGUGACCAACAUUGAGCAGAGUGCCCAACAUGCUUUCACUACCGUCGGCUCUGGGCGCACUCUGGCCAGAGCAUCGCCUCUCCGCAUCACGCGUGCAAGACGGCGGCAGCUCUCAGGUGAGGACGCGCAGCUGCUCCAACUCGACCAGCGUGGCAAGCCAGACGUGCAGGAGCCAAAGCACUCAGCGCCGGAACCUGCUCAGGACCGAACUUUAACAAGCCAGAACAGCCGGCGGCUGAAGGCACCGGCCAGCAUCGAUGUCAACAACUCCCGCAGAACAAAAGCUACCAGGGGCAUCAGGAGGGCCUCUACCAAAGUCUCUACGAAGGACAGCACUACCACCGAGACUACUAAAGUUACCACCAAGGCCACCACCAGUACCAUGGCCAAGACGAUAUCCCGCAGCGCCUCUAGCAGGACCAGAGGCAAAGACCGGCCAUUAUUCACAUAG